GUAAAUGUUUCUGUUCUGAGGGGACUGCAGUUGUCUUCCUGCCGUAAAUGCUCGCUCCUUAAUUUAGUCACACUGCUGUCGUUGAGUUACAGCCACAGAAAGAUGAGGCUAAAAUAGAACAGAAAUGUCUCGUGGGAGUUUGUAAAGAGGGGGGGGCAGCCCCAUUCCUGAGGAAUCUCCUCCCAUUAAAGCGAACAGAGCUGAGGGGAAAAAAAGCAUGUUUGACUUGUGAUGGUACUGAGGAGCUUCAUACUGACUUAAAGGCGGAAGAGAAGAAGCUGAGCACUGCUGAAGAGGCUCAACAGGGACGGAGAGAAAGACAGUGAGCCUGUCCAGCUACUGGCCACUGCUCAGUGAUGAGAGAGUGUGUGUGGUGAGCAACGGGGAUCAGGAGCAGGGCCCACAACUGUAGUUGGGUGUGGACGGCACAUCCCCCUCAUCCUUCAGAACACACACUUUACCUUGAGUUCUGAGGGACUAAUCCACCUACACAGCCAGCCAUGCUGCAGCAGAUCCUAAAUGACAUGUACAUUGACCCGGAUGUGCUGGACGCUCUAAACGAAGAGCAGAAGAAGACUCUGUUCCUGAAGAUGCGUCAGGAGCAGGUCCGCCGCUGGAAGGAGCGUGAGGAGAAGAUGGAGAAGGAGGAGCACCACAAACCCAAACCAAAGACAGCUCACAGUAAGACUGUGAGUUGGCUGCUGGGGCGUGAUGGAGAUGUGCAGGUCAUCAUCAUUGGAGAGAUGGACGAGUUCAAGUCCUCCAAAAUCCUCUAUUCAGGGCUUGGCGAGAGAAAAGCAGCUAGUCUUCUUAACAAUUCAUGCAACCAGGCAGGUAGUUUGAAGAGUAAUCUUGUAAACAGAACGUCCACAGAGCCGGUGCGAUGUGGGAGAGAGAAUCUUCCGCCCAAAACACUGUCAGGAGCACAGUUUAAUUUAAAGGAGAAGAGUGAAGAAGUGAGGACACUGCCCCCUCCACAGGUACCAGCAUGCGAACAGAAGCCGGCAUCUCCUGUAGAAAGUGUCAGAAAGGCAGAAGAGGACGCAGAAGUGAAUGCCUCGGCCCCUCUGUCCUCCAUCUGUUACCGGCCACACAUUAGGGCCAUCCCCAAGACAGCCAGCAUCCUGCACAGUUUCGGCCCACAGGACAUGCAGGAGAAGAGCAACCCGCUGUCAAUCGCAAGCAGGCUCCGCCCACAUGAGCCUCCUGAGCCUCACACUAACAGAGGAAAAGACUUCCGGGUGAUGGCUGCCUCCAAACGAGCUAUGUCUGUGGAAACAGACUCAGUGGGAAGGGACAGCUGUUUGGGUCGUGGGCGUGUAGCGGAGUUGAUGAAAACCUUCAGUGUGACCAGUGACUCCAGCCCCUCACAGACUCCUCCCAGGGCCAGCAAACCACCAGUUCCAACUAAGCCCAGUCACCUGCUUCUGCGGCCCUCCCCCUCACUCAGGUAAUUAGGCUGCCGUCAACACCCACGCGCCUCACCUCACCCCCCCUGUCAGGCCACAAUGGACGCUAUCGGAACCCCACUUCAGGACUGCCUCUGUACGGUGAGAGGUGAAGCCCCCCCCAGCCUCUCUCAGGACCUUCUCCACUGCUGUAAUCAAACAAGUGAGGCAGGAAGAUGAGGGUUUUUGCAGUUUCAUUUUGAUAUUUUGUAUGAUUGUGCUGUUAGUUUUCUCAGCUGGCAUGAUACACAAAAUAUUACCUUUUACAUUUGUUACAGACUUUUUCAUUUAAAGUUUUGACCUUUUACAUUUUUUACAAGUUUUUCUUCUACUUUUGCUUUUCCACAUUCAUGGGGAUUUUAUUCACUUUGUUAGAUCACAAAUGUGAUCAUUUUGUAUUACAGUUCCAGUUAUUUUUUUUCCAUUACAAAUCUUGAAAGUGUUUUUCAAGGGGAAUUCCACACAGAUAUUUCUCACAUUAUUUAACUCAAUAGUGUGUCGCUUCUGUGGUGAGAGAGAAAAAGCAGCCACUCUACAUUCUUACCAAAAGAGGUUUUCAAAGUUUGAAAAGAAACAGCCAAAAACAACUAAUGAGAGGGGUUCAUGGAGUGAAAAUCAGGAAAUUGACUUUUUCUAGCUAAAAGCUUGUUAAGAUACAAAAUGCUUUUUUCUCACCACAUUAGUUAAAGAAGAACAAGGCAAAUAUUGAAAUACUGAAUUUGCUUAUAAGCCCAUUUGUUUGUUUACAGUAUGUUUUUGGUAGGUGUCUACAUUUAUUCAGGAAGACUGCUGCUUAGAGCUGUAGUUGGUUCUAAAGCUUUGGGCAGUGUUCUUACUCAGAUUCCACUGUUUAAAAACUUUAAAUUUAAACAAAGCGGUUACACAUCUCUUCGGGUUACUGGCUAUUGACCACUGUAUCUUGAGCACAGACUGCAAAUGGGCCUCUGACCAAUGCCAUCAUAAAAAGACCUCUUAAUUAAAUGUUUUUGGUUUGUAUUUUCUGCACUUUGAAAAUGCACGUUGUAGACUGUGGUAACAUUUCAUGACGAAUAAACCAACAUAUAUAUGGUGUUUUUUUGUUAUUUAACAGAUGUUAAGAGCAUGCUCCCAUUUCAGAUGAGUUUUUAUGAUUACAGUGAUGCUUUGCUAAAUCUCUGUUCCUCACCAAGCAGGUUCUGAUCAUAUCUGGACAUUUCUUCAGUUUAGUCACAGACAAACCUGCACAAUUGUUCUUAAUUCAAUAGCCAGUGCCACUAUUUGUACUAUGCUCCAGACACACCAUGAAGGCCAGAGCCCUCUAUAUGACAGCACAAACUCUGUAUUGCUGGAUACUGCAUUCAUCACAGCCGACGAAACCCUUCCUCACAGUUCUAUGCACAAUCAGGAGGGUCGAUCAAGCACCUUUGGCUGCACUCUUAAAAAGGUUCCUAAGUAGUUCUGGAUGAGGUUCUAAGAUUCAAAAUACAAUGUCAGUCUGGACCACAGCAAUGUUAAACAAGUCUUUAUAUAAAGCUCAGUGGUAAAGAGCCGCAUUUUCAGAAGCACAAGGUUGCAGUAUUCUGGAUACUUUGCCGAAGAUACAAAAUCCUAUGCUUUCUUCUGUACCCUCUCAUUGCUACCUGCAUGAUACCUAGAAUUCGGGCAAUGGUCUGGAGAAUCCUUUAGGGCUGUUCUGGACCUCUAUGAAAGGGUUCCUCCCAGCACCAAAGGCUGACCCCGAUGGUUCUACCUUAAGUUUUUUUAGGAGUCCAAGGGCAGCAUUCUUUUGUGUACAAUUUACUUCUGUUCUUUGCAGUCUUGUCUAGAUACACCAAAUGUCUUCUCAAACCUGGUGAGCAAAAGCAGCCAUCUUCAAGCUUUCGUAAUCUAAUUAUUGGCCAGUAAGAUGCCAGUCACUUUGAUGUUUUUUCAGUGUUUUUCUUGAAGUAUAAUAUUCAGUUGCACUUAUUUUUCCCCUGUUUUACAUUGCACCAUUGUGCAAGAUGUUGUAUAUCGUAUCUCUGUAUGGAUUGAUGACUUGAGUGAUUUGAGGCACAUGUGAGGAUGAGUGUGGGAAAUUGUCUGUGCGAAGAAUGAUCACACUUCAGCAAUAAAAUGAUCCAAAUCC